AUGAGAGGCUUCGUUUUUCUGCUGAUUUCUAAAGCAUUUUCGUUGCGGUUUUCGCUGCAUGAAGAGCUGAUUGCUUCUUCGACUCCGGUUGGAGACGAAACGAUCGAGUGCUACACUUGUGAGUUUGUCUACAAUGCGACAGACGGAACUCCUUUCAUUGGCGACCAGCGAUGCAGAGAUAAUAUCAAAGACCUCCCCAACAAUUCUCAGACCUUUCCGGCCAAAAUCCAAACAAAUGAUGGAUUCACCGCGAAUGUCGUCUGCGCCACCUUCAACCUGACUUUCCACCAAAGCGUCGAAAUCCGAGACAACAACUCCGAUCUCAAAGAAGUCCAGUAUCUUGGGAUUUUCGAACGAACCACAUUCUUGCAAUACGUCGGCAGCACAUUGGAAGGAUAUGAAGGGACACUGAAGAUGUACGAGCACGAGUACGGGUGUGGAAGAAAUACAAGCACUUGUUCGGGAAGUUAUGAUCCCUUCCCUCGACCGGAAUUCAAAGAAAGGAGAGAGCCAUGUGGAAAUUGCGCCUACGAAAACGUCCUCCGAAAAUCUGACGGAAAUCGAAUUACUGUAAACGGCAAUGUCGACUGCUCCGUCAAGCCAACUCCACCCGAUCAACCGAGCUGCGAUGGCGAACAAAAAGAUCAGUCCGGAAUUUGCGUGAUUGUUUCCCUUGGAGUCGGGGACGAACCCGUGGCGAAUCCUGACCAGCAUCUGCUCGCGAGAAUUUGCGAUGCUAAGGCGAACUUUUUAGACUGGGGCUUUACCAACGCUUAUAUUGAUACCGAAAAUGGCAUGUCUGUCUGUGCAACUUCGAAAUGCAAUAAGUAA